AAGUACCAUCCGCCACAAUGCAGAAUAACGUUAAAAACAUAUUCGACAGCUUCAACGAUUAUCUUGUAAAGGAGCAAGAGUUGCGUACGGAAAUACGUGACAUCGUUCGCGACAUUGAUCAGGCAGCGAAGGAAGCGGCCAUCGUGCUGCAAAUUAUACACAGCAGUAUGACCGGAGUACCGGAGGCCUGUGCUAAAGCACGCACUAUAUUCGAUACCUGCCGCGAAAACUAUGGGAAGCUGGCGGCACUCAUACCGGCCGGACAGUACUACCGGUAUCACGACCAUUGGCACUACAUGACGCAGCGUAUCGUGUUUCUAAUCGCACUCACGAUUUAUCUCGAGAAAGGAUUUCUCGUUAAUCGAGAAACGGCGGCCGAAAUUCUUGGACUAACUAUUGACCAAAAGCAAGGAUUCCAUCUCGAUAUUGAGGAUUACCUAGUGGGCAUUCUACAACUCGCUUCGGAGCUGAGCCGCUAUGCCGUCAACUCCGUCAUUUUGGGUGACUACGAACGGCCGCUCAUGAUCUCAAAGUUUGUUGCCGACCUCAACUCAGGCUUCCGGCUGUUGAAUCUCAAGAAUGAUGGACUUCGUAAGCGCUUCGAUGCGCUCAAGUACGACGUGAAGAAGAUUGAGGAAAUCGUGUACGACAUAAGCAUCAGAGGAUUGCGUACCGAAACGGCAGCUGUGGCACCAUCGGCUGCUUCCGCCGAACCGUCGUCCGUAGAGGAAGCGAAACAAACAUAA